AUGGCAAAACCACAGGACGAGCUCCUGCGGCGGCCACUUUACCUCUACGAUCUCCCACAAGACGUUGUUACCACUCUGUCCCUCAAGACCGAUGCCGAUGCGAGCGAUGGACUGGCAGUUCAAGACGAUACCACAACAGCGACCCAAACUCCAAGCCCCGCGACGGCCGACAAUGUGAUCGGAUCGCAAGCUUGUUCCCUUUGCAGUCUGUCGUUUGUCACAGUACAAGAGCAGAGGGAGCAUCUCAAGACCGAUCUACACCACUACAACCUCAAGCAAAAGCUCCAUGGCCUCAGCCCAGUCUCCGAGGCCGAGUUCGAAAAGCUUGUCGAUGAGCUCGACGAGAGCAUUUCAGGUUCCGAAAGCGAAGAUAGCGAAGACGAAGAGGAGGAUACCGGGCGCAAGGAGACCACUCUUACCGCUCUGUUGAAGAAACAGGCCAAUCUGGCGGACAAGCGCAAACCGAAUGACGAAGGUGACGAUGUGGAUACAAAACAGAAGAAAGGCACGGGCAAGGCACCAUUACUUUGGUUCGAGUCCCCCAAGCUGCCAGAAAAGACAUACUAUGGAAUCUACAGAGCCCUGUUCACCGCCGAGGAGCUGGAAAAUGAGGAUGUCAUCGUGGAGGCGAUCAAGAAGAGACAGCUUGCGCCCAUCUCCAUGCCCAAGCCUCCAAAAGAUGCGCAGUCUGUGCCGGCGAGCUACAAUGGGCAGCACAUAUUUAUGUGUAUGAUCGGAGGUGGCCAUUUCGCUGCUAUGGUUGUUUCACUGGCACCGAAGAAGAGCAAACACGGCACUACAGGCCCCUUGAACAGAGAAGCUGUUGUCCUGGCGCACAAGACGUUCCAUCGUUAUACCACUCGUCGCAAGCAGGGUGGCUCUCAGUCGGCGAACGAUAACGCAAAGGGAACGGCCCACUCCGCUGGUUCGUCCCUUCGUCGUUACAACGAGCAGGCCUUGGUUGAGGAUGUUCGAAAUCUCCUGAAAGACUGGAAGAACCUCAUUGACACCUCGGACCUCCUGUUCAUCCGCGCAACUGGCAUGACGAACCGGAGAACCCUUUUCGGUCCAUAUGAAGGCCAAGUCCUUCGCGCCAACGACCCUCGCAUCCGAGGCUUCCCCUUCAACACGAGAAGAGCAACCCAGAACGAACUCAUGCGGUCGUUUAUCGAGCUCACCAGACUAAAAGUCAAGGAGAUUCAGCCAGAACCAGAAGCACCGACUGCUGAGCCAUCCAAGAUUACAAAGCCAAAAGAGUCAAAGCCAGCGGCGCCGAAACUAUCAGAAGAGGAAGAGGCGGCCAUCUUCCACACCACCCAGCUACAGUCCAUCAUCCGCCGGUCAAAACUCCCUGCCUUGUUGUCGUAUUUGACCAACAACAAACUCGGCGCCAACUUUGUCUUCCAACCAAAAGACACCCAACAAAACCAUCACACUCCCACCCCUCUACACUUUGCCGCCUCGCAAAACUCGGCAGCCGUAAUAGUAGGUCUCAUUACCCGCGCCGGCGCUGAUCCAACGAUUCUCAACUCGGAAGGGAAAACUCCCUUCGAUCUUGCCGGUGAUCGCGCCACGCGGGAUGCGUUUAGGGUAGCGAGGUCAGAGGCAGGCGAGAAAAAGUGGGAUUGGGAGGCUGCGCAUGUUCCUGCUGCUCUGAAAAGGGAAGACGCAGAUAAGCGAGCGGAGAGGGAGAAGAAGGAGGAGGAGCAGAGGAGGAAGGCUGAGGAGGAGAGGCUGAAGAAGGAAGGGCCGGUGGUGAAGGAGGGUAAACCAAGGAAGGGGGGCGUGUUGGGAGGGGCUCCGCUGAAUCAGAGGGAGGAGGAGACGAGGGGGUUGACGGCUGAGCAGAGGAUGAAGCUGGAUAGGGAGAGGAGGGCGAGGGCGGCGGAGGAGAGGAUUAGGAGGUUGCAGGGGGGUGCGUGA